ACGCUGCCUCUGUGGUUUCCUCUGUGGGAUGCAGAGAUGCAGUGCCCUGCGUGGAAGGUCCUGUCCAGAUGGGUGCUGCAGCUGCACGCACCCAGCGCCAGCAGGCAUUAAAGAGGAGCCCCGGCCACCUGCAGCACGCUGCCUCUGAUGUUCUCCGAGUGAAACUUGAUGCUGUUCGGCAAGGACACACCUCUUCCAGGGUGUUGUGCAAAAUUCUGCAUUUUAACGUAGGGACAGGAAAUAUGAACAGAGCCGGGCAGAGCCCGCAGCAGCACCGCCGGUUAGGCCACAGCUCCCCGGCUCUGCGGGAGCAGAACCAAGUGUUUGCUUCUCUCAUCAACCCCACUGUGACUUCCCAGUGCUUUGGGAGCCGUGGCUCCCACACUAAUUGGUUUUGAAGGAUUGGCAUUGCUGCUGCCUUCGGGAGCAGCUCUGCAGAGGCUGUUUUCCUCCUUUCUCUUCCUGCUCCAUUUCCUGCGAUGGGUCUGUUGCAAAAGAUUCUCAUCCCCGUUUUGGGACUGGUUUUGGCCUUCUGUUUUUAUGCGUCGAGGGAGAAUUUCAAACCUGACAGGGUUUGGAUAAAUUAAACCCCCCUGUGCCUUGGUCCCCAGAGAUGCUGAGAGGGAAGCGCGUGAUCGUCACCGGAGCCAGCGCCGGCAUCGGGGAGCAGAUGGCGUAUCACCUGGCACGGAUGGGAGCCCACGUCCUGGUCACGGCGCGGACGGAGGCGAAGCUGCAGCAAGUGGUGGAGCGGUGCCGGGCGCUGGGGGCCGGCUCGGCGCGGCUGGUCAGCGGCAGCAUGGAGGACACGGCCACGGCCCGGCAGCUGGUGGAGGUGGCCGAGGCCGAACUGGGAGGCCUCGACAUGCUGAUCCUUAACCACGUCGGCAAGUCGUACUUCAAUUACUUUGACGGGGACGUUGGGCACGUCCAGAAGCUCCUGGACAUCAACUUCCUGAGCUACGUGGCCAUGACGGUCUCUGCCCUGCCCAUGCUGAAGCGGAGCGGGGGCAGCAUCGUGGUGGUCUCCUCCAUGGCGGGUAAAGUUGGGUUUCCCUUUACGGUCCCCUACUCUGCAACUAAGUUUGCCCUGGAUGGAUUUUUCAGCUCCCUGAGGCAGGAAUUCAGCAUCCAGAGCGUUAACGUUUCCAUCACACUCUGCAUCCUUGGCUUCAUUGACACUGAGAACGCCAUGCGUGCGGCAUCCGACGUGCUCCUGAUGUCCCCGGCCCCCAAAGAGGAGUGCGCCCUGGAGAUCAUCAAGGGGGGGGCCCUGCGCCAGCGCGAGGUUUACUACCGCUACGCCUCCACCAAGCUGCCGCUGCUGCUGCGGGACUGGGCCGCCGAGCUCCUGGACCUCCUGGUGCGGCAGCGCUACCGCCCCGAGCGGCUGCGGGCGACCUGAGCCGCGCCGAGCUCCGGGCGAUGCCAGUGCCGGGCCGACAGCCGCCUCUGCUGGCCGCAGCCGUGCCUGCAGCCCUUACCUUCGCGUGAACCGCCUCGCCCGCACGGGAGCCGGCUGAGACCCCCGGCUGGGACCCCCGGCUGCGCUGCGGGAGCUGGCGAUGCGCGUUUCCCGCAGGUGCGCCCGGUCGGACCCGUGCCCUUCCCUUAGACCCGGGAUAAGCAGUAACUAACUGGUUAUUAAACGCAGCUUACUAACCUUGCCGCUGUGUGCCCUGUGGAGUUUUGGUGUUGUUUUGUUUUUAAUCUCCUCUUUCUCCGUUACUAAACGCUGCUGCAAAUGGGGCGUCGUUCCGUUGACUUGCCCUCCUUCGAUUAUUGAAUCUUGAAUCUAAUAAACCAUUCUUCCAUCUGAGGAA